AUUUACAAUGUGCGAUCAUGGUACUAACAACUUUUUCAGGUGGUCAUCAUGGGAGGAGGAAAUAAAGGAGAAACGUCCAAGAGGAGAAAGACUAAGGGAAAAUCUCAGUUUCUACGGGCUGACGAGGAUGAGUCAAUGAAGGAAGAGGAGGCACAUGAUUUGGGGGCCUCUCAAGAAAUCGUCAAUCGGAGACAGAUUCCUAGGCAUGUACAAGGGCAACAGGAGCAACAGGAACAGGAGCUACAAGACCCGCAUCCUAAUGACUUGCUGGAGUUGGACCCUUCCACACUUUGGUUUGAUGAUAUCCCGGUGAAGAAUGUGCUAUCCGACUCGCUAACCGGCUAUUAUGUUGAGCCUUGGAGGAAUUAUGGAGAGGUUGAUGAAGAUUCGAGAGAGCACUUUUGGAACUUGUUUAGCGUAUGAUAACUUUAACCUAACAUAAUACAUGUUUUAUAAAGUAUAUUGAUGGAGUUGAAUUUUGUAAUAAAGACAUUUUCUUGAUUUGCAGAAAAAAUUCAAGUGGGCACCUGAGUUAAACA